AUGUACGCGGAAGUUGUCCGAUGUAAACAGUUUGUGUGAUGGUUGUAUGUGGAGAUUGUGGCGGAAACCCGGAGGAAAUCCUGCUGUUUGCAGCUCUCAGGUGAAUAAAUGUGGCAGUGAGGAGGAUCAGUGGUUCCAGUCAUGAACGGAAGCUGUAACGCGGUGCUGGAUAAAGAGGAGCACGUGUUAAAGCUGGGAGAAAGCUUCGAGAAAAGAGCCAAGUCCUCCUUCCACACCAUCAGAUAUGACUUUAAGCCGGCGUCCAUUGACACGUCCUGUGAAGGAGAGCUGCAGGUGGGAAAAGGAGAGGAGGUCACCAUCACGCUGCCACACAUCCCUGGUUCAACGCCUCCAAUGACGGUCUUCAAGGGCAACAAGCGUCCGUAUCAGAAAGACUGCGUCCUGAUCAUCAACCACGACACCGGAGACUUUGUGCUGGAGAAGCUCAGCAGCAGCAUUCAGGUCAAGAAGACCAGAGCCGAGGGCAGCAGUAAGAUCCAGGCUCGGAUCGAGCAGCAGUCAGUGAGAGCCAGUCAGCCUUCCUCCCAGUUCCGCACUCCCACUAAACCCAGCAGCGGCGUGAAGACGUCCCCCAGUAAAGACAACCCGUCUCCUGAACCCCAGCUGGACGACAUCAAGAGAGAGUUGCGGGCGGAGGUGGAGAUCAUUGAGCAGAUGAGCAGCAGCGGCAGCAGCUCCUCCGACUCGGCCAGUUGUUCAGGCAGCGGAGACGACGACAGCUUGAGCAGCGAUGGAGAGCAGGAGAGUGCAAACCUUCACCCGUCUCCCAGCCGAGAGCUGAGCAACGGCACGGACAAAUCACAGGGCAGCAACCAGCUCAUGAACACGCUCAGAAACGAUCUGCAGCUAAGCGAAUCCGGCAGCGACAGCGAUGACGAUUGACCUCCUCCUUCUUCCUGCUUUUUAUGCCAUUUUAUGCUUUUACAGAACUCCAGAAGCUUGUAUUUUUAUGACUAUUUUAUUUCAUUAAAGUAUAUUUUUAGGCGAUAGAAGCGUAUAUAUUAGAGCUCGGCUUGUUUUUUUGCCAUCGCGCGAUCACAUGAUCAUAUCACCACUAGCUUGUUGUUAAAUUGCGUCAGGUCACAUGGCAUGUCUGGUGCAUUUUUUUUGUCAUGAUGCCGUGCUGUUACGAGCAGUUUGAUCACCAGGGCCUGUGGAUUUGCAGUGUCUUUUGGUGACUUGCGUGCACGAUUCUCCUCUAGGGGGCGGUACAUAGAGGCUACAUAUCCAUUGGGUGAAAUGCAUUGACAGGAAAAGAUAAAAAUGGAUUGUCGGAUAGCAAAUAUUUGUGUUUGGUUUUAUUUUUUUAUGCAAAUAACUGCAUAGCCCCGACAAAUCAGACAAACGCAGUGUUUAUACUGUCAGUUCACAACUGUGUGUGUUCACAUUGUAAUUAUAAUAUUAUAAUAUUAAUUAUAAUAUUUAGACGAAAAUAUUGAACCUCAGUGACACAAAACGCACCAUUUCAGGUUGGUUUAAUUCGUUCUGUAUUGUAAAGAGGCUCCGCCCCCUCGAGGCAGAUCCUUCACGGCGUGGGCUCGAAUUGUGUGUAAACUGUGUUUUUUGUUCGUUUUUUUUUUUUUUUUUAACACGCCACCAUGCUGUGAUCGCACCACGAUGCGUGCUCGGUCUUUAUAAGCACUUAUGAAGUUUAUCCGAAGCAGUUUAGAGCUUAGAGUCCAAAAAGGUCACAUUGCUUCUUCUGUAUAGAGAUGGAAGGAAAUAUUGUAUAUUAAGACCAGUGUAUUUGUAAAAAAACAAAAAACAAUAACAAAGAAAGAAAUAAAAGGAUAUUAGGGUUUCAGCUUUCGUGUGGAUCUGUGUAGAUUUUAAUUUGUGUCAAAACCAGUAUUUAAAAGAAAAAAAAGAAAGGUUUUGUGUGUGUGUGUGUGUGUGUGUGUGUGUGUGUGUGUGUGUGUGUGUGUAAAUGUGCCUGAUGAAGCAAUAAAGACCUGUUUUCUGUAA